AUGAGGUCCCCAGCUGCCCUGCCCGCCCUGCUCCUCCUCAUCCUGCACCUCACCGCCACGGCAUCUGCAGCUCCGAUUUAUGUGGUCACGUCCCCAGCUGUGCUCUACCACCCCUACACAGCAAUGCUGUGGGUUCAUCUCAGUGGCCUCCACGAGCCUGUCCAGAUGACCGUCCAGCUGCAGAGAGCAGACCAUAACAUCACCCUGCUCGAGAGGAAGGUCCAGGAGCCUCAUCUGUACCUGAACAUCACCUUCCCCGCUCCAGCCCCUGCCAAAGGGAAGGAGGAAAUCGUAGACCUGCACAUCUCAAUCCAGGGAGGUUCCCUGGAUGUCUCCAAGAAGAAGAAGGUGAUGCUGAGAGCCCUGGAGCCUGGGAUGUUCAUACAGACAGACAAGGCUGUCUACAAGCCUGGACAGGAAGUGAAGUUUCGAAUCGUCUCUUUGGAUAAAGACUUCACUCCCAGCAAUAAGAAGCUGCCCGUUGUGUUCCUGAAGGAUCCCAGCGGGAACCGCAUCGCACAGUGGCGGGACGUGAGCCCGCGGCAGGGCAUCGUGGACCUGUCCCUCCCACUGGCUGCAGAGCCAGCCCUGGGCACGUACAUCAUCGAGGUGGAGCGGAAGAGCCACUCCUUCAGUGUGGAGGAAUAUGUGCUGCCCAAGUUUGAGAUGACCAUCGAUCUCCCCGACGUGGUGCUGGAGAAGGACAAGAAGUUCCAGAUGGAGAUUUGUGGACGGUACACCUAUGGGAAGCCCGUCCAGGGGAAGGUCCAGGCCAGCUUGUGUCAGCCCUUCAGGAGCAUCAGGAUCCUCCACAGUCUUCACAGCACCCCCCAGAAAGAGAUGAACUGCAUCGAGGUUAGCGGGAAGACUGAGAAGAAUGGCUGCUUUUCAACAGAGGUUUUGUUGGCUGCCUUCAACUUGACCAGCCCCAGGUAUGAGAAGAAAUUCCAAGUCCAGGCAUCGCUGGUGGAGGAUGGAACAGGGCUGGAGCUUAAAAACACCAAGAGCUGCAAGAUUUUAUCCGAAAUCCUCACUGUCACUUUCGAAAACACCGAUGAUUUCUACAAGCCUGGCAUCCCCUACACUGGGACGAUGCUGCUGAAGGGAGCCGACGGUGCCGUGCUGCCGCAGAAGCAGCUCUUGCUCAUCGUCAGCCAGCAAGGAAAAGAUACAAGACAGACCUUCCUGACAGACAGAUCGGGGAGAGCCUCCUUCGAGCUGGAGACCUCUGGUUGGAGCGGCAGGGUCUCCCUGCGUGGUCAAGUCAAUGAGACAGCUCACACCCAGAACGACGGCUCAACAGUCACCUACCAAAAUGCCUACGCGUACCUCAGUCGCUUCUUUUCGGCGAGCAGCAGCUUCCUGCGGAUCCGCCGGCUGGAGGAGGAGCUGUCCUGUGGCCAGUCCCAGAAGCUCUGGGUUGACUACAUCUUCAGCAAAGAAGCUUUGGGGACUGACCUGGAGAGCCUGGAUAUGGUCUUCCUGGUCCUGGCCAAGGGGACCAUUGCCACCAUCCUCAGGAAAGAGCUGCCUGCAGAGGCUGGGCUGAGAGGCUCUUUCUUCUUGGAGCUGCACAUCGACCCCGAGCUGGCACCCACGGCCAAGGUGCUGGGCUAUGUGGUGCUGCCCAACAGUGAGAUGGUGGCCGACAGCACCAAGCUCAAGGUGGCCAAGUGCUUCCCCAACAAGGUGAAGAUGGCUUUUUCGGAGGACAGGGCUCUGCCCGGCUCGGCGCGGCGGCUGGAGCUGGGGGCUGCCCCAGGGUCUCUGUGCGCCGUCCGUGGCUUUAACUCCCAUGUCACCUACUUGCGUAAAGAAACUGAUUUCCCGUUCAUAAUGGGCCGUAGUACCCAAGACACUGCAGUCCAGGAAGAGCCACCAGCACCCCGCACGUAUUUCCCAGAGACAUGGUUGUGGGACCUGGUCCCCAUGGGGGAGGAGGGCUCUGCAGAGGUGACGGUGACGGUCCCCGAUGCCAUCACCGAGUGGGAAGCCGGGAUGUUCUGCACGGCCCCACUGGGCUUGGGGCUGGCCCCUGCCACCACCCUCACGGCCUUCAAGCCCUUCUUCGUGGAGCUGGCACUGCCCUGUGCCGUGGUCCGCCACGAAGCCUUCACCCUCGUGGCUACUGUCUUCAACUACCUGCGGCAGUGCCUGCGGGUUCAGGUGACGCUGGUGGAAUCGGUGGAGCUGGAGGUGUCAGUGAACACGGACGAAGUGUACGGUGGUUGCAUCUGUGCAGACGAAGCGAGGACCUUCCGAUGGGGCGUGCGAGCUACCAGCCUGGGGGAGGUGAACAUCACAGUCAGCACCGAGGCCUUGAGCUCCAAGGAGCUUUGCGGCAAUGAGAUGCCUGUGGUGCCAGCCCAGGGGCGCGUGGACACCGUGAUAAAGCCCUUGCUGGUGCAGCCCGGGGGGAUCCUGGUGGAGAAAGCGCACAACUCCCUGCUCUGCCAGGAAGGUAGGACCAGCCGGGGGUAUGCUGAAGAAAUCUCCCUGGAGGUUCCUGCAAACAUCUUGGAGGGCUCCCAGCGAGCCCACGUCACCGUGAUGGGUGACCUCAUGGGCAACGCUCUGCAGAACGUGGACCGCCUCCUGGCCAUGCCCUAUGGCUGUGGGGAGCAGAACAUGGUUCGCUUUGCCCCCAACAUCUACAUCCAGCAGUACCUGGAGAAGAGCGGGCAACUGCACCCCGACAUCCCCGCCAAGGCGCAGGGCUUCCUGCAGAGCGGGUACCAGCGAGAGCUGCUCUACAAACACGACGACGGCUCCUACAGCGCUUUUGGGAAGAAAGAUGCCACGGGCAAUACCUGGCUGACAGCGUUUGUCCUCAAGUCCUUCGGGCAAGCCAGAGCCUACGUGGCCAUCGAGGAGCGGCACAUCACGGACGCGCUGCGCUGGCUGCAGAAGCAGCAGCAGGAGACGGGCUGCUUCCGCAGCGUGGGGAAGCUCUUCAACAACGCCCUGCAGGGUGGCGUCUCGGAUGAGCUCUCGCUGUCAGCUUAUGUCACGGCUGCGAUGCUGGAGCUGGGGUUGUCCCCAACGGACCCGGGGGUGAGCUCAGCCCUGCAGUGCCUGGAGGCUUCGGCCACGGAGGACCCCUACACGCAGGCGCUGCUCGCCUACGUCUUCGGGCUGGCGGGGCGCGGGGAGCAGCAGUACACCGGGGAGCGUCCCGCCACCAACAUGGUUGUCAUCGAGGCCAAGCUGCCAUCUGGCUACAUCCCGGACAAGAGCUCUGUGGUGCAGCUGAAGAGGCAGAAGCUGGUGAAGAAGGUGGAGGUGCAGCCCGACCAGGUGACGAUUUACCUGGACCAGCUCAUGAAGGAGGAGGAGACCUUCGCCUUCACCGCCACACAGGACUUCCCAGUGAGGAACCUCCAGCCGGCCACCGUGACACUGUACGACUACUACGAGACGGGUGACCGCACGGAUGCUGCCUACAGCGCACCUUGCAGCUCAGGUAGGGGCAGAGGGGUCACCCCGCCAUGGGGACCCUGA